UUGGAUAACACGGUGAGCGAGAUCAAGGACCAGGAGUUUGAAACCGAGGUGAGAGUAAUCGGCGGAACUAACCAUAAGAACCUGGUGAAGCUCGUGGGCUUCUGCAACGAAGGGUUGCACCGAGUUCUGGUUUACGAGUUCAUGAGCAACGGGUCGUUGGCGGGUUUGUUGUUUGGAGAAGGUCGUUCGAGGCCCAAUUGGUACACGAGAAUGGAGAUAGCAUGUGCGGUCGCCAGAGGAAUGGUUUACCUUCACGAAGAAUGCAGCACCCAGAUCAUCCAUUGUGACAUCAAGCCACAAAACGUUCUGCUGGAUGAGUCAAUGAUGGCCAAGAUCUCCGAUUUUGGGAUCGCCAAACUUUUGAAGGCAAAUCAGACUCGGACCGUGACUAGGAUCAGGGGGACCAGAGGGUACGUGGCUCCCGAAUGGUUCAGAAACAUGUCCAUCACGACUAAGGUUGAUGUGUACAGCUUUGGCGUUCUACUUCUGGAGCUGGUUUGCUGCAGAAGUAAGUUGGUGACGGAAGCGGCAAAUGAAGUGGAGGUUUUUCUCGCUAAUUGGGCGUACGAGUGCUACAGUGGCGGACAAUUGAGAAAGUUGGUGGAGAAUGACGACGAGGCGAUGAAUGAUGUGGAGAAUGUUGAGAGGUUUGUGAAGGUCGCGUUGUGGUGCAUUCAGGACGAUCCAUGCUUGAGGCCUGCAAUGAAGAAAGUUGUUCAUAUGUUGGAAGGAUCGGUUCAUGUUCCUACUCCUCUAGAUCCUGAAUCCUUCAUCAGCAAUAUCUGA